AUGUCAAUAUCACUCCUUUUCCUCUACAUUCUCUUCUUCCCUUCCUACACGACUCUCCCUAAUCCCAUUCUCCCAACACCAUCAUCUCAUCCAACAACAUUAACUAUCCCUUCAUUCCAAGAACAAUCUUAUGUUAAAGGCUGUCCUUUAUCUCUCUCAAAUGAACUUUUCAAUGGCAUAAAAAAUGCAUGUAGUUCGUCAAAACACAGUAAACUCGACCAUAGCCGAUGUUGUCCCGUUCUUGCAGCAUGGUUGUAUUCUUCCUACUCUGCCACCGCUCUUAGAAACCACCCAUCACCGUCGUCAUCAUCAUUUGACAUGCCUUUGGUGCCAGAUGAUUCAGAAACAUGUGUGGAUGGUUUGGAAAAGGCUUUGAAAGUUAGAGGAAUUGAGAUUGUAAAUCCAAAUGAGAGUUGUGAUUUGGUGUAUUGUUAUUGUGGAAUUAGGCUGCAUCCUUUUAACUGUCCUGAUUCAUUUUCUGUAACCAAAAGAGGGGAGCUUGUUGGAGAUCAAAGUGUUAGAAAGUUGGAAAAGAGUUGUUUGAGUAGUGAAAAAAACGUCAAUGGCUUUCAAGGUCUUGAAGGGUGUUCUAAGUGCUUGAAUAGUCUCUAUUUGGUGAGUUUUUACAAAGUUUAG